UCAAAGAGCAAGGCGGAGUUCCCGGUCGUAUGAGAACACCAGGCCGAGCAAAGUUGGUCUUGUACAGUCAGAAUAUUCCACUGAAAGUACAUGAUUAACUUCAGAUAGUUUUUGACUGAACCAAUUUGCAGUAUGGCAAAAGAGUAUGAUCAUUUAUUCAAGUUGUUAAUAAUUGGAGACAGCGGUGUUGGGAAAAGCAGUCUAUUACUUCGAUUUGCAGAUAACACAUUUUCAGGAACGUAUAUCACAACAAUUGGAGUAGACUUCAAAAUCCGGACAAUUGACCUAAAUGGAGAGAGGGUCAAACUACAGAUAUGGGACACAGCAGGGCAGGAGAGGUUCCGGACAAUCACAUCAACAUACUAUCGUGGUACUCAUGGUGUUAUAGUAGUAUAUGAUGUAACCAGUGCAGAUUCCUUUGUCAAUGUUAAAAGAUGGCUGCAUGAAAUCGAACAGAAUUGUGAUGUUGUAAGCAGAAUAUUAGUUGGAAACAAAAACGACUGUCCAGAGAAGAAAGUGGUCUUGACAGAAGAUGCAACCAAUUUUGCUGAACAAAUGGGAAUUCAGUUGUUUGAGACAAGUGCAAAAGAGAACAUCAACGUUGAAGAGAUGUUCAACGCCAUCACAGAGUUAGUACUGAAGCAAAAGAAAGAGAACGCUGCCAAGCAGACUGCCCAGGAAAACAGCCAGACAGUCAGGCUGGGCAGUAGGAAAGGAAAUAAAUCCAAGAGCGGCUGCUGCAAAUGAUCAUGUAGUCUCUUCUAGUCCUCAAGGCUUCAAGCAGGUCCAGACGCCAAGCAAGUCACCAAAUGAUGUCUUCUUUUCAUCCACAGUCUCACUCAUCAGUAAAUAUAGUGAAGUAACAAAGUUUAAUUGAUAUUCUCUGUUGAGUGCUUGGUGUUGGGCAGACAGUUUUGUUCUUCAUGUAUUUUAAUCAAAUUACUCGAUUUGUAAUACUGACUAUCAAACAGAAGGACUACAUGUUGGGACUGCUUAACUCUGCUUAAAGUCUUUGCUUUUACUGUAGACAUUUUGUAUAUAUGAAAGAAUGAGUAACCACAUCUUUCCAUGCAAUUUGAAAUUAGAUUUGAAGUCCGAUCUGUUGUCAUUAGCAAGCUGGUGGGCUUUGGAUGGGGUUGGGAUUAUUAUGGUGCUCAAUUGCAUUCUUCUAUGCCCAACCACAAACAGUGUUCUGUCUGUCACGGUCUCAGAAUGCAUAUGGCCAAUUAUAAACAAAGAUGCCAUUGGAGAUCCAAGAAAUUGUUUCAGACAGAUAGUAUUAUUCUGUUGUCCGUUGAGAUCACUUGCGCUGAUGUCAAAGAUUUCUUAUGAACCUCUUCAAUCCACAGUGCUGUUACACAGUGUGGCUGUGUAACAGCAAACACCAAAGCCACUAUAAAUAACCAAUCUGGACACAGCUAUGCUGAGGCCAGCAGUACUAGAUGCAUUCCCAGACAGACAGGAGUUGCUACUGGUUUUAUUUGCACUGUUAUUGGCUGCUGUCACCACAGUGCUCAUGAUAAACUACAAAAGUAGAGUCUCUUUAACACUUAGAAUUGUUCUGAAAUUUACACCUGAGGUGACAAGGUGUCAGAGAUAGCAUGUCACACACCUGCAAAGGACCUGUUAGCAAGUACAUUCGACUCUGGUUGUUACAAAAUCCACUAUAACAAAAUUUUGUUUAUAACAAACAUACAUCUGGUCCCAGCAAAAAUGUGCACAUUUUUAUGUGGAGAACAUCUAUUACAGUGAAAUCGCAUUGUACAAAAUUUCUUUUACAACAAAAGGUUUUUUGACUCGGUUACAAGUCUGAAAACCCAUUUGUUGACAAUCAAUUUAUAACGAACAUUCACAAUUCGCAGAGUUGGAAAGACGUGCGCGAUGCAUUGAGGCAAUACAGCACUGGUUCCCACCACAUUCAACCACUGUGGUAAUGCAGAAACCAGUCUAUGUACAUAUCCCUUCCAAAACAGCACUGCUACACUACACUGUAUAUUAACGCAGCUCUACAGUAGCAGGUAAAAACAUUGCUGGUGCAAAAUUUCUGCAGGUCAAGUCACAGAAAUUGAUGGCUUGUCUAUGUAUGUACUCUCUGUGUUCAGUGAGUUUAAUUUGAGGUUGCACUGAUCUGUACUCGAAGCGAGCGUGUUUCCACAAAUUUCCUUCUGCAGCUUAUGAGGUUUAUCGCCCACCCCUCCAGAUGAUCUCGCAUGCUUACAACUCGAUAUACGGACAUUGUUUGCUAGUUUUCUGUCGUGAUGACUAUCAUUAUGCACAAUUCAAAAACCAACAAUUUUUUCCUCAUGGAUUAUAGCAACGCUAGAACAAAAAAAUGCCUUCCCGAUUCUGAUAAAAAUGCCGGUAGGCCUACAUCCCAAAUAAGUUUGCUUGACUAUUCUCGCUUCUUUAAGAGCCCAACUAAUCGCCCAACAAUGAAUUAUUCACAUUGCUGCUAAAGGAACUCGUAUGCCCGCCAUUGAGAUUGUGGGCUUAUGUGACGUACAUUUUGCAAGACAUACCUAUCCAAUCACAAUAUUCUCUUAUGGCUUCAUGCUUCAGCAACCAUCACGCGCAUGGAUGGCCACGCCACAGGAGGCAAGUAAACCGACUACCGAUCAAACGUGGUCAUGCAGCUAGUGUUGAACAUCAAAAGACGGGCAGAAAUCAAAAGAAAAAUGUCUCUCCAUGACACAAGUUGUGUUGGAAAGACUACUUACUGGAUGGGGGCUCCAGUUGAUGAGUCUUCGCAACAUUCCUGCAGUUACACACAGGCGUAUGUGCAAACCAUUAAGUUAGCUUUGUCCUUAUCCAUGGUGAUCAAAAAGUCUUUAAAAAUUCCAGGAUCGGAAGUGUUAUUUGCUUUUUAUCUCACAUGUACAUUUAAUAUGUUUUCA